CGUAUAGCAUUGGAGAACCUCCUCCCCUCCAAUGCUACAGAACUCUUCAAGUAUCAGGUACUAGUAGACCAUCUUAAGUUAGAGGAAGCCAAACUGAUAUCUGACACCUAUCUAAACUCCCCAAGCCCCUACACGGACACCAUGACAGCUCUCUAUGACAAAUAUGGUCAACCUCAUCAGCUUGCCCUAAAGAAGAUAUCCAGCGUCCUGGAUGGCCCAGAGGUCAGGCGGGGUGAUCCAAUGGCGUUCCAGAAAUUUGCCCUUCAAAUACAAUCACUGGUGGGUCUCCUCCAGACCUUGGGCCACGAAGGAGAAGUUGAACUAAGUAUUGGCUCUCACGUAGCUCGCCUACUGAGUAAGCUUCCUUCUGAACAGCGGGCCGAUUUCCGCCGUUCCCAGCCCACUCGAUCUGGAGCCACAUCCACCUUGCGGGACCUGUCAGAGUGGCUUCGCCACGAGUCAUGGUGUCAGGACUUUGACGAUCCUACCAGUAGCCGGAGCUCCAAGGAGAAGCAGAGCACUAAAUGGAACAUUCGUCCUGUGGCUAAGCAAACAGCAGUCCUGCAUAGUAGCCAGGAGCCCUCAGUGAAACUAGUUAAAGAGAAACCUGUCAAAGGGAAAGACAAGUCCAAGGUAUACUGUGCCUAUUGUGAGAGUACAGACCACUACCUCAGCCAGUGUAGUGGUGUAGCCCAGCUCACCAAAGACGAGCUGAAAAGGUGGAUCCAAGAGCACAAGCGGUGUUGGCGCUGUGCCCGUCAACACUUCGCCGCUCAGUGCGACCUCAAGAAACCCUGUAACCUUUGUCAAGGCAAGCACCUUCUCUCUCUCCACGAGAUUAACAUAAGACCUGAGAAAGUUAAGGAUGACUCACCUCCAAAGGCUGAAAGCUGCCUGACUACCUGUGCCUCCGAGUCCUUCUACCUUGACCGACCACAUGUGGGGAACCGAGUCAUGUUGAAGGUGGUGCGAGUACACGUGCACUAUGGUAGUCAGAAGUUAGACACCUAUGCUAUACUGGAUGAUGGGUCUGAGAGGACUAUGCUGCUCCCCACCGCUGCUAAGUCACUAGCCCUUAACGGCGCUCCCGAAGACCUCCCACUGCGCACAGUGCGCUCGGACAUCCAAGUUUUGCAUGGCCAUACAGUGUCAUUCCGGGUCUCCUCCCCCACCAACCCUAAUGUCAUGUUUAAGAUCACUGAUGCCUUUACCGCCAGCCAUCUUAAUCUAGCCCCACAUAGCUACCCAGUUAGCCACCUACAGAGGAAGUUCAAGCACCUGCGUGGAAUCCCUAUACCUACCUUCCGAGAAGUAAAGCCCUUGCUUCUCAUAGGUUCAGACCAGCCCCACCUCAUAACCCCCAUCGAGCCUGUCAGGCUUGGUCCUCAUGGUAGCCCAGCAGCUGUCCACACUAGACUGGGGUGGACCUUGCAGGGCCCGUGUCAGUCGACGGGGCGGCCGGCUCACCCAGCUCAAUGCCUGUUCACCUCUGUUCCACCACCCAUGGAUGAUCUCUACAGGCAUGUGGAGAGACUCUGGCAAGUGGAUACAGUCCCCUACAGGCCAGAGAGGGAAGUGACACGAUCCAAGCAGGAUCAGCAAGCCAUAGCCCUGCUGGAGACGAAGACAGGACGUACCGAGGUGAGUGGCAUCCUUAGAUACGCUACUCCCCUGUUACGCCAUGCGGCUAUGCCACUAUUGCAAGCACCGAAAGAAUCAGUUAUGGCCCAGCUGCGCAGCACUGAGAGACGCCUCCUUAAGAACCCUGAGCAGGGACAAGCAUACCAAGCAGAGAUGCGGAAACUCAUCGAGUCAGGCGCAGUGCAGGAAGUUAGCGAGGACACCUCAUCAACGGAGAGCUGGUUUAUCCCCCAUCACCUCGUGACCCAUAACGGGAAGAACCGCCUCGUCUUUAACUGUUCUCAUCAAUUUUCGGGCCAGUCUCUUAAUCAGUUCCUCCUACCGGGCCCAACUCUAGGUGCCUCCCUGCUAGCGGUCCUAUUAAGGUUCCGAGAAUGUCCCAUUGCAGUCAGUGGGGACAUUAAAGGGAUGUUCCACCAGGUCCGUCUCCUCCCUGAGGAUCGCCCCCUUCUGAGAUUCUUAUGGAGAGACCUAGAGGUAGAACAACCACCCAAGAUCUUUGAAUGGCAGGUCCUCCCCUUUGGGACCACCUGUAGCCCAUGUUGUGCGACAUACGCCCUGCAAAGCCAUGUCAAGGAUCCCAGUAAGUCAAACGAUGACAUGAGGUUCUCCGUGGAGCACUGUUUCUAUGUCGACAACUACCUGCAGAGUGUGGCUACACCCAGCGAAGCAAAGGGUCGGGUGGACCGGCUCAGGGAGCUCCUCGCCUCGGGCGGCUUCGAAUUGCGACAGUGGGCUUGCAACGACCCAAAUGUUCUCAGCCACCUACCUUCAGAGCUCAGAUCCACCAGUCUAGACCUGUGGCUAGCCCAAGAUAAGUCCAACCCGUUUGAGUCGACCCUGGGCCUCAGCUGGAACUGGCAGGCAGACUCCCUAGGCUACAAGCAGCGGUUAGUCCCUUACGAUGUACCAACCUUGAGGAACAUUUAUAGAAUCCUAGCCUCACAGUACGAUCCAUUGGGAUACCUGCUGCCAUUCUCCACUCGCGCCAAGCUCAUCCUAAGACAGCUGUGGGACAAGCAGCGAGGUUGGGACGAUCCUAACCUCCCUCCUGACCUGCUACAGGCUUGGUCCUGUUGGGAGGUGGAGCUCAAGCAUCUGCCGGACAUUACCAUGCCACGUCCGUAUGCGCCUGCUGAUAGCCCCCGCGAAGGGACCACUCGGCAAGUGCACAUCUUUCCUGACGCCUCAGAAAAGGCCUACGGGGCUGUAGCCUUCCUCCGAACCGAAGACAACCAGGGUAAGGUACAUUUAUCCUUUGUUCUGGCUCGCUCCCGCAUAGCCCCUAAGCGUGUGCAUUCUGUACCUCGCCUUGAGCUGUGUGCGGCUCUUGUAGCAGCGCAGUUGGCUUCCACCCUUAAGAAAGAGCUUGCUCUCCCAGUACACAGCACAGUAUUGUGGUCUGACUCUACCACCGUACUCACCUGGCUACUUUCACAAUCCUGUCGAUACAAGGUGUUUGUAGGGUCAAGAGUAGCUGAGAUCCAGGAGCUUACGGAAGGCUUUGUUUGGCGCUAUGUAGACUCAGACAACAACCCUGCCGACGAACUAACAAGAGGGAAGACAUUGAUAUCCCUGUUGGAGCCCAAUUGAUGGUCACACGGACCCGCCUUCCUUCUACAGGGUCCAACCACCUGGCCAGAAAUGCCAAACUGUAUUCCACCUGAUGAUGCCGCUGAAUUAAGGGAAGGUGCUUUCUGUGGGUCCACCGUCACCUCACCUGACAUUGCCAUUCUACAAGACAAGACAUGCAACACCUGGCAGGAACUCAUGGACGCUACUGCAAGGGAGCUUCAUGGCCAGGCCCCUCCGGUUUACUCGCCUACCGCUGAAGAAUACCGACAAGCUGAGGUACUCAUCCUUCAACGAGCCCAGAAGCAAUCCUUUCCAGACGACUGUGCUCAGCUGUCAGCAGGGAAGCCCGUGAAAACUUCGAGUCGACUCCUUAUCUCAGCGCCAGUCAUCGACGCCUCCAUCGAACUAAUCAGAGUAGGAGGCCGGUUACGCCGUCUAGAGGGCCAGAACGAGGUCACCCCACACCCUAUCGUCCUCGACGCCUCACACCCUGUGACCCGCCUGCUCAUAAAGAAAUAUGACCAGGACCUUAAACACCCGGGGCCAGAGCGAGUCUUUGCAGAGCUGCGGAGGACCUAUUGGAUCAUUCACGGCCGUGAAGCAGUUCGCCGCUAUCAACGUUCCUGUGCAGAUUGUCAGCGCUGGCGGGCCAAUACCAUACCUAAAAUGGCUGACCUCCCAACCGCACGCCUCCAGUUGCAUAAACCUGCCUUCCACGCCACUGGCAUAGACUGUUUCGGUCCCAUGUUAGUAAAGGUUGGACGACGCCAUGAGAAACGCUGGGGUCUCAUCUUCAAGUGCUUGACCACCAGAGCGGUACAUCUGGACCUCAUACGAAAUAUGGACACUGAUGCUUUCCUGAUGGCUUUGAGGCGAUUCAUUGCCAGAAGAGGAACCCCCUCGGAACUGUGGUCAGACCACGGGACCAAUUUCAAGGGAGGAGAGAAGGAGCUUCGGGAAGCCUUCACAAGUAUGUGUCCAACCCUACAAAGUCAACUCGCUCCACGUAAAAUCAAAUUCAACUUCAACCCCCCAGCAGCCCCUCACUUUGGUGGAGUAUGGGAGAGAGAAGUACGAGCAGUCAAGUCUGCACUCCGCACCUGUCUAGGUACUGAGCCUAUCCAUGAGGACGUCCUCUCCACCGUCCUGUUGGAAGUGGAGGCCAUUCUCAACUCAAAACCUUUGGGCUAUGUGUCCGCUGACCUGUCUGACGUCGACCCCGUGACCCCCAAUAGCCUCCUACUGGGGCGGCCUGAUGGAUCACUCCCCCAGAUUGUCUACCCGAAGAGCGAAAUCCUGAGCCAAAGGCGCUGGCGGCACUCUCAAGUCCUUGCCGACCAGUUUUGGUCAAGAUUUAUCAGGGAUUACCUACCGGGAUUGCAAACAAGACAGAAAUGGCAAGCCUCCCCCCCCGACCUCCUGGAGAAGUCAGUGGUCAUGAUCACCGAGCCACAGUUACCCCGUGCCAUGUGGCCUAUUGGUCAUGUGACGAAGAUCCAUCGCAGUGACGAUGGCCGCAUAAGGUCAGCUGAUGUCGACAUUAAAGGGCAUGUGUACACCAGACCAGUACCUCGACUGGUGGUGCUACCAGCCCUCCCAUCGGACGUGACUCAAGACUCUCAUAAAGACUGAUGGGCCUUCAUUUGAAGCAAAUGUGCCCUGCACAUUUGGGGGCGGCUGUACAGAAGGCUGUAACAUUGUUUGCAUGCUGUGCUGUUCUAUGUGCAUGUUUGUGUUGGCAGCGGCUCUGCCUUGUGUUCCCGCUCCACAUGUCACGUGACUCCAUGGGGUGACGCGGCAUUCUCCGCGCAUGAGCAGGGCAGUCCGGAAGAGAGCAGUUCACGGUAUGGUGGUGUUGAAGUUCGCUAGUCAUAGUCGAAGCGACGUAAAGCCGAGUUCAUGACCAAAAAACUCAAUAAACCUGUCCAUCCAUCCAUCUACCUUUUGGCCAUUCCCUGUGUCCAAACGUCCUUUGCGGCCUCCUGUAUUCUGACCGAUACACCAUCUUGUACACUAUAUACACCCCAGAUCUAGCGUACUAUCCUCCCUAACAACAGUCUUCGUCUUAUAAUGGCUAUUUUUCUCAGAGCCACCCCUACACACCUUUGAAAAGUGGUUAUUUUUUCCACAUCUAUGACACACAGCGCCGUAAGCUGGGCAUUGACGAGGCUCAUGCUUGUUUCCGCAUUUACGGCACACAGUCAUUACCUGCUUCUUGUAGCUUGGUUUGUUCUUGUCCCAGCUGCGUGUUUGCACUCUUGCUCUAUUUAACGCAUCCACUGAGGCAUCAUGGACAACAGGUGACGCUUGCAUCGCUUGUAUUUGUCACUUGGCGAGUUCAGCUGAUCUACAUGUUUCCAUUGCUCUGCGUAAAGUAAGUGCAUUAUCACGUAACAGUCUCUCUUUCAGAUGUGUAUCACUAAUGCUGAACACCAAUUUAUCCCUUAUCAUGUCAUCUUCAUGUCUUCCAAACUCACAGUCCUUGCUCUUUUGACGUAGUUCUGUGAUGAAUCUGUCCACCGAUAUUCCUGAUGACAUCGUGUGUGACCAAAACGGAUGGCGUUCAAAAACAACGUUCUUUUGUGGACUGCAGUAGCCUCUGAAUGCCUCCAAAACUUCCUCCAUCGUUGCUUCCUCCCCUUCUGGGGUAAUGGCAAGUGUAUUAUACACUUCCAGCGCCUCCUCGCCGACAGUGUGGAGCAGGAUGGCGAUUUUAACCCCCUCACCUUUAUCCACUGCGCCAGAAGCAACCAUAUAGAGCUGGAAACGCUGCUCCCACCUGCGCCAGUUUUCAGCGAGGUUCCCCGUGAUUAUCAGCGGAGACGGCGGCCUGAACUGGUCCAUGUCGGCUGUGUUAGCUCCCGUUAGCUUGCCGCUAAUGUUCGGUCAACACGUGUUGAAUACUGUCCUUGACUUACUCCGUGACUCCGUCUUCUGACACCAUGUUGUGGCUUUAUGCUCUGAUACACUGUUGUAGUGGUGUCACUACCCGUGGGUUGCUUACUGGUUGUUUCAACAAUAAUACACGGAGGCAAGGAUGCAGUACCAGCCGAUCUUUACUCCACGCUCAGUCAACCCAUCCCAGACUCCCGAUACAGACAGACCAACACAGUCGAGCACCGAGUGCUCGAUCCAAUCUACCACAGAUAUAACAUAUAUCACGGGUCAUUACGGCGAGUUUGGUGGAGUUUUUACUGCUUCUUACAACUCCUACCGCGCUGACUGUAACCUGACACUCUCUGGCUGCGUCUUGCCUCUUUUUUUUUUUUUUUUUUUUAUUGUCGGACUCGGUGGACUCGGUCAAAAUCAGCCCUGAGUCCGAGUCCGUGUCCGAGUCCGGCAAAAAUGACCGAGUCCGACCGAGUCCGAGUCCCCGAGUCCGAACCGAGUCCACAGCCCUGGUACACAGCAACACAUUUCACCACCAACAUGUAUUCCCCACUACUCGGAAGAUCCAAAGCUCUUCAAUGCAUAAGAAAAAUGUUACAUGUAAUUAGGGUGACAAAGUAGGACGACGUUUGCAUUGAUGCUGUAAAAUAAUUGCAGAGGCAUUUUCCCGAAAAAAUCCAUAAAAUAAAUGCUUUUUAGGUACAUUACUGUUAAUUGAUUGGUGGAAUUUUUGCUUUCUUGUUUUUGUAUUGGGUCGCGUACAUGUAUGUCUAUCGUGUUAUGUGUCUCGUCACCGUGGGGUAGAGAAAAACGUAAUUUCGGUCUCUUUGUGUGUUGUGACAUGUGGAGAGAUUGACAAUAAAGCUGACUUUGACUUUGACUUUGAAUUGCAAUAUAAUUCAAGGUUGAUCUCGUUCAAAUUUAACCGUGUCCAAAUACAUCUCAAAAUAAUCCGUUUAGUACACAUUUGUAUGUGAAUGUCAAAUGAGAAAUUUAAAAUCAAUUCGGCACGCCCGAAAACUUUUUCUUUUUGCCAUCUUGGAGAUAAUUGAGAAUGAGAUGAGUGAAAAAAUAUACAAUCAAAAAUUGGCAAUUCGUACAUAGUUUAUUCACAAGCAAUUCAUGAAGCUUUUUUCCCCAAUUUUGAUAAAUACUUUUUUUAUUUGGUUACUCAGAUAUUCCCAAUUCAGAUGAUGCACAUUUUCUGGGAUACAUUGUACGGAGCAUUUGAAGUGAUAAUAUUUUUUACUUAAUUCAGAUGUGAUUCUAAUGUUAAUGUUAAUAGCUAUAGUUUACUUUAGGUUAUUUUAAUUCACUCUGUAUCUUCGCAGUUCACAAAACUAGUUUGGUUUUCUUUCAAGCACACGAUAUACUCUGCUAAUUUGUCACCAAGGCACUUUGAGCAUUAUGACUUCCUCUGAGAGGUAGCACUUCUCAGUACUGAGCACCAGGAAACCAAGCAAACAGUGGCAACAACAACAAUCAAAUACUGUAUUAUUAAUCAAGAAUAAAAAUGCCCUUUAAAGUGCAUUUCUUUUAUCAAGCGCAGUAGGCUCGAGUCUAUCAGUAUGCUGUCACACCCGUCCGUCCAUGUUGGACAGGCAACGUGUUGGGACAAGCUUAGAAUGCUUCCAAAUGGGACCAAAGUGCAGCAGGAAAGGCAAAGAAGGGGCGGGACACCUUUUCAAGUCAAGUCAAGUCAAGUUUAUUUGUAUAGCCCUAAAUCACAAGCAGUCUCAAAGGGCUUCACAUAGACAGAAAUUGACAAUUAUUCUCAAAGCAUCGCCUGAUCUUAAGCUCCCUUUUGUGCCCAAGCUCCCUUUUGUGCCCAAGAGCCACGUUUGACUUUGAAAACUGACACAUGGCUCAGGAAAUUUGUACUACUACAAAUGUAAAACUGAGAAAGGGCAUUUGUUUGCAAAAUCAUUUAUUUAAAUUUCUACAACUAUAAAAUGCACUGUGGCACUCAUUCACCGCAUAGCCUUAUUUGAAAAGCCGUUUUUCUUUUUUCUUUUUACACUCUGUGUCAGGGUUUUCCAAACUAUCUUGAUCUAUGAUUAUGUCGGAAUGUAUGUAACCAGUAAUAAAUAACCUAGCUUGUUCCAUCCUACACAAUGUCGUAAAACAUCCCCUGCUCUGCUAAUCUAGAGGUCAAGGGCUUUUUAACUUGUCUAUUCAGUCUACUAUCACCCCCACCCUUUUUCUCUUAAUAAAGAUGCUCUUGUGGGAAGCGAGAGUCAGACUUCAUUCGAGCAUCGCUGUAAACACAGCGACGAGUGAACUCUCCACCUGCAGGUGCCCAAAACGACUAACUUGUCUCCGUGUGGUUCUUGCAAAAUAAGUUAGAGUGAGCACCACUCUAACAUUUUGGUGCCGAAACCCGGGACCCUCAUACCCGCCAUCUGACUGACGGAGGAAGACGUGCUGCAUUGUCGACAAGCCAGCGUCCAUUAGGAGGACCUGGAAAAGAAAGUCCUGGGAAGAGAACUUCUUCGCUGGGCCAGCAUCUUAGGUCUGCCUUCGUCUGACAGAGGUGGUUGACGGGACCCGGAAAUGCAACGAACCAGGGGUCAAGUUGCCCAUGUAAAGCCCUGACCGCUUGAUGCACCACCACCACCACCACGGGGACCCAACACGGCUAAAGCGAAGGAGCACCGGCUUCGCGUUAACUGAGCACUUUUUCGGAAGGAAGGACGCACAGCGGGAGGAGUUUGAGGUGUCGGACAUUUGGAAGUUCACCCCAAUGGUUGGUUCCCGGAAACUCCGAGCGCUUGCUCGCCGGCCGGCCGAGCUGGGACUGAGGUCAAGGGCGAUCACUGGAGAGCGUUACGGAGGAAUGCCAGCUUGAAUAUCAGUGGGUGGAAAUACACCAGCUAUUGAGUUAAUUUCAAAUAAUGAUACUGAAGACAAUGUACUGUCUCAUUAAAUAGGAACUAUAGACAGAACGUAGCUCGAAAAUAGGAUGAGUUGCAGGACUUACAAUAUAAAGACGAGAUCGCUGUUACUAGGAGAAUUUGAAGUUUGGUAAACAAACGUUACUAGUGAAUGGAUGGCAGCAGCUACAUUUGGAGAUAGUCUUACAAGUUUGAUGUCCCAGUUUGUCACUCUCCAGUGCCAGGAUCCCUGAAAACUCGAUCCCGAGACUCUGCCUGCAGCCAUGGACGUCUACAAAACGGUGCCUGGCCUUGAGGCACCUUUGACCUUUGGCAAGGACAAAGAAAGACUGUUGUUGUACUUGUAGGGGGACAAGUACACUCUGGAAGAAAGACGACAUCCUCGGGGACGAGAAAAGACAGUGAGAAGCGGAGGAACUCACAAUGUUGAAAAUGGACUCAUUUGAAUAAUGGACUCAGUCGAGAGUGAUGGAUGGGUUGGCUCUGAAGCAACAACAAAAGAACACCAAAUUGCAGCAGAAGACAUAUGGACAUGAAGUGGCCGACGGCCAAAUCGCGCUCCUUGCUGUGGCGUGGCUAAACUUGGUGGGGCUUGAGUCAAAGUGGACAGGAGCUUCAUUGUGCACUGAGUUUGACAGAACUGAGGAGAUUUGAUAAAAUUUAAUAAUGCGUAGCGCUACAGAGAGAAGCAUCAUGGUCAGAGUUUGAACAGAUUGGACAAAACAAAUAGGCUAAAACGGUGAGAAACAAGAGCGAGAUCUGAUGGAUUGACUCAUCAGGCGUAAGAAGUAGAAAUUGAGUUAGAUACAUUUUAGAAUAGGACAUUUGGACUAAAGUGAAUUCAGUCAAGAGGAAGCUAGGUUGCUCACUGUACCUACUCAAUAAAAUAGUAAGUUCGUUGCACCACAGUGGAGUUUGGGUGGUCAGAAAGUUGGAUACGUUAAAUUUUUGACUUUCACACAAUCAUGCAUAGGAGUCGCACAAGGCGACAGUUAACAAGACAAUGACUGUCAUAGGGAUCACUUACGACUGCACCGACAUGGAAAAGUAGAAGCAAGGGAGUUGAGUAAGGGAUUAUAUGCAGAACAGUCCGCUAUACAGUUACCAAUAGGAGGUUCUAUCAAAAGAAGCUACAUGAGAGAUGUAUAGAAUCCCUUUGUCUGUGGUCUGUGUUCGUGCGUAAUCUCUGUAAAGUUGUGUCAGGCUGUUGUCGUUUGUCUGAGCCUUGGGUGCGCGCUCGGUGUGUGUGCGUUUAUGUACACAACCUGUGUGGGUGCGAACGUGUUAGGAAGAAGACGGCAUGGAUAAGGGAAUCUCCUUUAAGACAGGAGGCAAUAAAUGGGAAAGCCCCUGUCAUAAACGGUCUUUGGUUAGGAGGAAUCAUUAGGAAGUGCUCAAACUCUUCUUUCAAACACUCCUAUCUGCCUCGUUAAAAAGGGCAUUACAAUUGACUACAAGAGUUGCAAAGGGCAGAUGAAGAACAGUCCUUGGCAGAUUAUAUGAUCAGGUCCCUCAAACCGAAAGAUAUGUCCAAUGCAAAUUUACUGCCGCCUGAUCUUUCCUCCUCACAGGUCGACAACCCCAUCAAUCCAGGAGACUGGGUCUACAUCAGGGUCAUCAAAGGAAAGAACUGGGCCAGCCAUGGUGGGAGGGACCAUUCCAAGUCUUGCUGACUACCCCCACCGCAGUGAAGAUCGCUGAACGACCCAGCUGGAUUCACCUUAGCCACUGCAAGCUACAAGGAGUGCUGGACCCCUCAUUUCGGGACGGUGGCAAAGUCUGCGAACAACGAUCCCAACUCCGCUAGGCGGGGGUAUGUCUCGGUGUUCCUGUCAUCUUAGUAGCAACGGGGCUCCACAUGCCAGGUGGAUCCUCUGCUGCGUUGUGGUUGGAGCAUGCUAUGGUCUAUGGACACAUCUGAACAGACCAAGUGAUAAUGUUGACCGUGGGAAACGAUGGUCACACGAUGAGAACUUUGAGGACUGGUCAUGAGACCCCAGAAACCCAUACGAAACCAACGUUUGGUACCGGUAUGUGAAGGUCACUGUGAGAGCGCACACACAGGUGGGAUGUUAUAUGUGUGUUCAAAAACUCCCCUUGCUCCACACAAGUUCACUUGGAGGCCAGAGCAAUGAAUGUCACUGAAGCGAAAUGUAUGGCAUCCAUGGGAGGAGAUUGAUAUCAACACCGUACUGUCGGUCAGUGACGCUACUCCUACCGCCCUGGACUCGCAGGAAUGAAUCUGUGAUCAAACUAUUUUGGAUUAAUCCCAAUGUGACUGUUGGAGGACGACAGAUGCCACAAGUGGCCUAAACCAGGACGCUACCUGGAAUGGACUACACGUGUUUCAUCCAAGAAAACAAGACCCACGGAUGCAUUCACGACAACUGCUCUCCAGGAGGGAACUGGAUGGGAGCUUUGGACAUCACCGCUGUGUGCCAGGAUGGGAGAGCCAUUUCAAGGUGUAAGGGCUCUCCUGCCAACAUGGCUGUACCAUUGGACGGGUCCUACUUCAUUCGGAACGGAUCGUGGCUUUAUUUAUAUUUUCUUAUUGAUAGCAUUCUGGUCGCCUAAGGCAGAGGGACCGUGUGAGACUUUUCCUGCGAUUUAACAUCGGCCAGCAGGUUUUUAGAUCACACAAUAAGUUUGAACUGGAGUAUUGAGGGAAAACCUCUUCUUCGCUGGAAGUUAUUGCUAUCAUUGGUUGUUUUUGUCAUGUUUCACCCUACACGUUCCCCAGCACGUCCGCUGUCGUCUCAGUUUUUUAUUGAUCUUUUUUUUUGUUAUUAGUUUUAUUAUUUUUACUGUUCUUCUUUAUAUUUUCUUCCUUGUGUUUGGUUGAUCGGGUUCACAUAAUCAUAUGAUAAAACAGGAGGGAUAUGUCAGUGUUUUCCAAACUAUCUUGAUCUAUGAUUAUGUUGGAAUGUAUGUAACCAGUAAUAAAUAACCUAGCUUGUUUCAUCCUACACAAUGUCGUAAAACAUCCCCUGCUCUGCUAAUCGAGAGGUCAAGGGCUUUUUAACUUGUCUAUUCAGUCUACUAUCACCCCCACCCUUUUUCUCUUAAUAAAGAUGCUCUUGUGGGAAGCGAGAGUCAGACUUCAUUCGACCAUCGCUGUAAACACAGCGACGAGUGAACUCUCCACCUGCAGGUGCCCAAAACGACUAA